AUGACCGACUCCAAAACCCACCUCCUCUCCCCAGACUCUUCCCCCGAGGACGAAACCCCCCAACAACAACAACAACAACAACAGCGCACCCCCCUCCCACGCCCCCCACCCUUCUCCCUCCCCUUCCUCACCACGCUGCGCGAAAAGCGCACCAUCCUCGCCUCGCAAUCCCCCCGGCGCCGCCAAAUCCUCUCCCUCCUGGGCCUGCCCAACCUCGAAAUCAUCCCAUCCCAAGCCGCCGAAGACCUGCCCAAAACGCUCGAGCCCUACGAGUACGUUCUCGAAACAGCCACCAAAAAGGCGCAAGCAGUCUACGAGCAGGAAAUCCAACGCGCCAACACAGAAGCCGACGAGCCGGCGCUCAUCCUCGCCGCCGACACUGUCGUGGUAGACGCGUCGACGGCGACGAUCCUGGAGAAGCCGCGCAGCGAGGCGGAGCAUAUCGCGAUGUUGAAGGCGCUGCGCGACGCGGGGGACUAUCACCGGGUGUAUACGGGGAUGGCGGCUAUGGCGCCGUUGGCGAGUGCGCGGCAGCCUGGGUAUGUGCUUGAGACUGCUAUGGAGGAGACGAGGGUGCGGUUCGAUCCGGAGGUGUCGGAUGAGAUGAUUUUGGCUUAUGUGAGGACGAGGGAGGGCGCGGAUAAGGCGGGGGGGUAUGGGUUGCAGGGGUUGGGGAGUGUGCUUGUGGAUAGGAUAGAGGGGAGUUGGGAUAAUGUUGUGGGGUUGCCGCUGCGGGCUGCUGUUAAGUUGAUGGAGAAGGUGUUGGUUAGGGCGGAUGAUGAUGAUCGGUUGGAGCAGGAGGGAUUGGUGGGGGAUAGUGAGGAGGAGGAUGAGGAUGAGUAA